UCUGAAAAUAGUAAGUAUAUACAACGACAACGAUCAAGCAGCAGUAUUGAUUUCACGUCUUGGUGGCCAUAGUAUGAUGGCGAGUAAAGAGAAGAUCAGAGUUGACGGAAUAAUUCUGCCGGGUUUUAAACCACUUCAACAAGAUGCCAAUCAACGCCUCAGAGACAUUGAAAACUUACCUAUGAGGAAAGAUGAUGUUCUGAUCAGUUCCUAUCCCAAGUCAGGAAACCAUUGGCUGAAUGAAAUCGUCCCUCGUCUUUUGCAAGGAACAGUUGAGUCUUCCCAUAGGUUGAUAUACACUUUUUUGGAGUACGUGACCGAUCUACAGGUUCUAGAAUCGAUGCCCUCUCCUAGAGUCAUGACGUCACAUCUUCCAUUUCGAUGUCUGCCAAAAGAACACAUACAAAACAACGGGAAAAUUAUCCAUAUUAUCCGAAACCCCAAAGAUGUAGCCGUAUCCGCUUUUCAUCAUUACAUCAAAGGUCCAUACCUUAAGGAUUUUGUAUCCACUGACUGGUCUGUGUUUUUGGAUGAGUUCUUUCGUGGAGAAUAUAUUUAUGGAAGCUGGUUCAAAAGAGAAAAAGAGUGGGAAGAUGCAGCACUGCAACAACCAGGGAUUAUUUUGGUUCUUUACUAUGAAGAUCUGAUAAAGAAUGGGCUGGAAACGUUGACUCGCAUCUCUAGUUUUCUUGGUCUGCCAUCUGAUCCUACUUUCCUGCAAGCUGUAUACAAUGAAUGUUCCUUCAAUGAAGUGCAAAAGAGAAGGAAGGGCACGCCUGAUGAAUUUAUUUACAGGAAAGGCACUGUGGGUGAUUGGAAAUCACGUUUUACUGUUGCUCAAAGCGAGAAAUUUGAUCUCAUUUUCAAGGAAAACAUGAAAGAUACGAAGUUAAAAAUACAUUUAAAUUAAUUUGUAGAAAAUAUUACCAUUGCCAAUCUUAUAUUCCGGAGUGGAUGAACUGUCAUAUGAAAUUUAAAACAUUGCAUAAAAUAUUUCGGUUAUGCUUUCAUACUGGAAUUAUACCACAUGCUUAGCGUAAAGCUACACAGAUUACAAACUACAUGAGGCUACACACGGGAAAUAAUAAAACUUGAUUAAAAUUAAAAAUAAAUAGGAUUCACUCGUCUUCAUAAAAACAGAUAUUAAAAUAACUUUCAUAUAUUAUUCAAAAUUAUAAAAGACAACAAGUCGGAUCCUAGAAUACCUUAAUACUUUUUAAUUAUCGUGGAAUCAGUCUUUUAUCUGUGGUACUUGUAGCUAAAAUCUUCGAAAUAGUCUCCUCAAAAAGCUGUAUGGGCUGGAGGAGUUCGUCAGUAUAUUCUUACCUAAAUCCAUACGAUCAGUGAUGGCAGUGUUCUUUGCGGUGUACUACCGCUUCGAGUUGAAAUUGGACACUAAAAAUUUGAGACACCUCAAGACAGAGUUUGUCAAUUUUGCAAAAAAAAAAAAAAAAAAAAAAAAAAAAAUGAAAUUUAAAACGAAAUAUAUUUUUACUACAUUGAACAUUAUAUGAAAAUAAGAGAAAAGACGUCUUCCGCAAAAUAGGAUUUAAUAUAUAAGUGCUCAAAUGUGUUAUUUGAUAAUACAUUCUAUUUACGUACUCUAUCUAAAUUUCCCAGGCAAUCUGCUACUUAUAUAUUUGAUGCUUUUAAAACCCGUCAGAACUUCACGAAAGGACAUUCUAAUAUCACUUUAUCUUCAUUCAUGUGUUUAUCUAUGUCUUGUCAAAAUUUCAACUGUGGCAUAUACGUCCUUUGGGCCGAAUGUAAGAAACUAAAUUUAUCGUUGUAACAUAUGUUGUGUAAUUGUAUAUCAAUACAUGCCACUUUAAUGAAUAAUUUUUUGCUUACAUGUACUUACUCAAGUACUCCCUUAGUCGUUCCGAUUUAUUGUCUGUAAAAUUUGCAUCAUGCAUGGUAUUGAAAAUGCAAGACAUUUAUUUAUACAUAACGACGUUCAUUGUAGCAGAUUUAAUCGACGUAUUGAAUGACAUACAAGAAAAAUAUAAGCCUUUUUAAGAUGGAUACAAAUGUACUUUUGUCAUUAUCAAAUGCCAUAUGUCAACUAGUUUUUGGUAUAGAUAUCGUUAAGAAGGACAAUAAAUUUUCCAUGAAUAUUCACAUUUUCAAUGUUUUUAUUAAAUCAAAACAAAACAAACAAACACGCAAACAAAUAAAAGCCAAAUUAAAAAAAAAAACCAUGCAUUUUGUUAUUACAAAAUGUAUUCUUAUUUUUUAUUUGCUGAGACUGCAUGCAUAGAGACUGCACCGCAUUACAUUUGUUUCAUUUGCAAAAUAAUUAAAUCCAUUAAUCGCAAACAGUUUCCGUGCAUAAUGCAUGUGUAUUGCAUGUUGGUCUUUUUCUAUUGUUUUAUUAAACACCAACGUUAUCAAAAUUAGUUUGAAUUAAUCUUGUAAAUCAUUUUGCUACAUGUAUACGAGAUUUCAAAGUGAUAUUCAUAUUUAAUGAAAUAUAACAGGAACAUGCUUUUCAGAGAAUUCUUUUCUUAGCCUCUUUGUGUAUUAUUUAGAAUCUACGACUUUCAAUGAAAUGUACAUGUGAAAUCAUAAUAUGUAAUUUGUUAUGGGAGAUAUGUGAUAAUACCUGUACAUCAUUGUAUAAAUGUCUGAUACUAUUGUAAAUCGGCACAGAUAAAUGUGCCUCAGGUCAAUUUAACAUAAAUUAUUUUUGUACCAAAAGGUACCAUUUUCUAUUCUUACCAAUUUAUUGGAAUAAACAGAAAGCUGUAUUAUAUCUAGUCAAAGAAGAUGAAGGAAUAAAAUUAUAAUAAAUUAUAUACAUUAU